UUUCGUUUCGAGGAGGAGAAGAGGAAGAAUUGGGGUUUGAUUCGGAGACAGAGAGAGGAAGAAGCGAGGAGCGGGGGAAGAGAGUUGUGAGGAGAGGAAGCAAGAGGAGGAGGAGGAAGAGGAAGCAAGAGGAGGAGGUGACACGAUGGGAGCUCCGAAGCAGAAGUGGACAGCGGAGGAGGAGGAGGCGCUGCGCGCGGGGGUGGAAAAGCACGGCGCCGGGAAAUGGCGGACCAUCCAGAAGGACCCCGAGUUCAGCCGCUGUCUCGCCACCCGCUCGAACAUCGAUCUCAAGGACAAAUGGAGGAAUAUGAGCAUUAGUGCUGGUGGCCAUGGUUCCAGGGAAAAGAUAAGGACACUAAAGGCAAAGAGUCUUCCAGCCAUUCCACUUUCUAGCUCUAAGAGCCUUGUUGUCUCUGCCCCACAUAAAGAUGCAGCACCUGUAAUUGCAGAUCCUACAAAAAGCUUACAAGAGUCAAAAACUCCUCCUAGGUAUGCUACCAUGAUAAUUGAGGCACUUGCAUCGAUGAAAGAAUCCAAUGGAUCAGAAAUUGGUGCUAUUUGUAGUUUCAUAGAGCAAAGGCAUGAGGUGCCACAAAAUUUUAGGAGGUUGCUUAGUUCAAAGUUAAGGCGGCUUGUUACACAAAAUAAAAUAGAAAAGGUCCAAAAGGGGUACAGGCUCAAAGAAUCCUGCUUUGCAACAAAAACUCCAACCCCAAAACAAAAAGAACUUGCAAGUCGUGCUCGGGUACCUCAGACCUCUGGGCCGGCAAACUCCAUAGAUCCAAUGAAGGAAGCAGCAAUAACUGCUGCUUACAAAAUAGCCGACUCAGAAGCCAAAUCAUUCUUGGCUUCUGAAGCAGUGAAGGAGGCAGAGAAGAUCUCAAAGAUGGCUGAAGAGACGGAUUCACUGUUGCUACUAGCGAAAGAGAUUUUUGAGAGAUGUGCACGGGGUGAAAUUGUCACUAUUGCUUGAGCUGCAUGAGAGAGAGCCGAUGGUAUCUUUAGGAUAUCUUCCUCGUUGGCUUGUUAGACCAGAUUUUGCAAAGCCUGGAUUUUAUGCCCCUGUGCUGCCACGUCGGUUAGGAGACCCAAUCUUGAGUAGUUGGAAAUUUGUGUAUAUAUGAUCACUCGUUUGGUCUGAUUACUGUCAGGAGUUGAUGUUUGUGUUAACGAGCAGCUGAUCGCACAUGUGGUUUAGUGAACUUUUGGUAA